CACAACGGCGCAGCUGUCACUUAGCCGAUUCGAUUGCCUUCGUGUGCGCUUUGCGGUUAUUCUUCGUUCGCCUCGCUUGCGUUGCUGUAACUUUCCCUUGCGCGUUUCGCAUAAAACAUAUAACACAAAAAGAAACACAUACGAAAAAAUGGGCUCAGGCAAGCAACAGAAAGUGCAAUCAUCUGGUUUCACCAAGGAGGAGGAGCUGCUCCUGCAGGACUUCAGUCGCAACGUCAGCACAAAAUCGGCGACAAUAUUUUACGGCAACGCUUUCAUCGUCUCCGCGCUGCCAAUAUGGCUCUUCUGGCGCAUUCACAACAUGGACCUGUGGCCCAGUUCGAUUCUGUUUGUGCUGGUGACUGCGGCUAGCACCUAUUUAAUGGCCACCGCCUACAAGAACAUCAAGUUCCAGCUGAAGCACAAGAUCGCUGUGCGCCGCGAGGAGGCCGUCACUCGGGAAGUUAAUCGCCAGAUGGGCGAUGACAAGAAGAUCACACGCAAGGAGAAGGACGAACGCAUCCUGUGGAAGAAGAACGAGGUGGCUGACUAUGAGGCAACCACAUAUUCGAUUUUCUACAACAAUGCCAUCUAUUUGGCCAUCAUCAUCUUCAUCAGUUUCUUUCUGCUGAAGAACGCGACGCCAUUUGUGAACUACAUCUUCUCAAUUGGUGUGGCGAGCGGUGUCCUCGCGCUAUUCUCCACCAGCGCCCAAACGAACUGAACAACAACUCUUCAUACACAUUACCCAUUGUAGUAGAUUCAUACUCGUAAUUUUAGGUGCCACCUUGAGAAAACUGCGAGCAAGAAACAAAGAUUCCAUUCAUCCACUCGUUGUCUUGAAUUAAAUACAUUUUUAAACACUUUUCGUAACAAAUACAAAAUGUUGUCUUUCUUGUAGAAAGCAUAUAAAACUUCAAAUUUUAA